CUCCAACCUCCCUGGCUCCCUCUGUCUCCUCCACUUUAACUGUCACCACCAGCCACCCUCUCUCCUCUCUCUUCCUUUUUAACUGUCGCCAAGUCAGUAUCAUCAGAACCUAAAACGCAUAUUCUCUUUGAAACCGAAUUCAUAAUUUCAAUGUCCUAUUCAUCCAUGAAAGUAGAAAGCCGGAACCGGCAGCAGGAGGCCGAAGGAGAGGAGAUGUGCAGGACGAUUGAGGUUGCUACCGUUGACCGCCGCGUCAUCUCGCCGCCUGUACUGUCUCCGGUGAUGCCCACUGUGGAGGAGCUCAACUUGAUACCUCCUCUCAACUUCGCCAUGGUCGACAAUGGCAUCUUCAGGUCUGGCUUCCCUGACUCCGCUAACUUUUCUUUUCUCCAAACCCUCCACCUCCACUCCAUCAUAUGUCUGUGUCCGGAGCCGUACCCGGAGUCAAAUAUGGAGUUUCUGAAGUCCAACGGAAUUAAGCUUUUUCAGUUCGGGAUUGAAAGUUAUAAGGAGCCAUUUGUAAAUAUUCCAGAGGAUACAAUUCGUGAAGCGCUAAAAUUGGUCCUCGAUGCAAGGAAUCAUCCAAUUCUAAUUCAUUGCAAACGUGGGAAGCACCGAACUGGCUGCAUAGUGGGAUGCUUGAGAAAAUUGCAAAAGUGGUGCUUGUCAUCUGUAUUUGAUGAGUACCAAAGGUUUGCAGCUGCAAAAGCUAGAGUUUCAGAUCAGAGGUUUAUGGAGUUGUUUGAUGUUUCUAGCUUGAAGCACCUGCCAAUGUCAUUUUCAUGCUCAAAGAGGUAGAUUUAAAAGGCAUUUGCUUUCUUUUAUUUGCAGAAGAGAAUCCUUGGCAUUGCUUCAGAGUUCAGAAUAAAUAGGAAAAGGUGAUGAGUUCCUGAAUUGCAUUUCGGCGGCAAAGGAAUAUUCUUCAUUUUCCUUCUAGAGAAUAAUAAAAGGCGUACGUAUUUGGCAACGCCCUACCAUGAUUGUGCUGUUCAGAUAUCCUGCUUUCCUUUGUUUCCCACUUUUAUUUCCUUGAACUUUUUUGUGUUUGUUCUUCAUUUGUUUACAAAGCAGCUUACCUGUUUCGGGCUCUACAUGUAACAAUCAUCAAUGUAGAUUUAUCCAUAGUUAUUUUGAAACAUGUCUUACAAUGGUUUAUAGUGUUUAGACAUAAUCAUUUAUUAGAGUCAAGAUCACAGUUCUCUCUGCAAAGCCAUUUCCGCUGAUGUUUAACGUGGAAGACUUGGCAGCUAGAAAUUCUAUAUAAUAACAUGAUAUUCUUAAU